AUGGCGGGCUUCACUGUGGGCGAUUACCUGGCAGAAAGGCUGUCGCAGAUUGGAAUUGAGCAUCCAUUUGUUGUUCCCGGCGACUAUAAUCUGGUCCUUCUAGAUAAGCUACAAGCCCACCCAAAGUUAUCGGAGAUUGGCUGUGCAAAUGAGUUAAACUGCUCCCUUGCAGCGGAGGGCUAUGCCAGGGCAAAUGGUGUCGCUGCUUGCGUCGUGACCUACAACGUAGGUGCCUUCUCUGCCUUCAACGGCACAGGAAGCGCAUAUGCAGAGAAUCUCCCGCUCAUUCUAAUCAGCGGAUCCCCAAACACCAAUGAUGCGGCCCAGUUUCAUCAGUUACACCAUACUCUCGGAACGAGUGACUUUACCUAUCAGCUUCAGAUGGCGGAGAAUAUUACGUGUUGUGCCGUUGCUGUGGGCAGAGCGCAGGACGCUCCGCGUCUGAUUGAUCGCGCCAUUCGGGGUGCGCUGAUCAGUAAAAAGCCGGCAUAUAUCGAGAUUCCGACGAACCUCUCAGGCGCUCCAUGUACACGGCCUGGCCCGAUCAGCGCGGUUGUUGAUCCUAUCCAGAGUGACCGAGCGUCUUUGUUGGCAGCAAUUGACUGCGCCGCGGACUAUCUGUCUGGGAAGGAAAAACCGAUUAUACUUGCUGGUCCAAAAGUACGUAGAGCUGGUGCCGAGACUGAAAUACUGCGACUCGCGGAAGCAAUGGGUUGUGCGGUUGUGGUGCAGCCAGCAGCCAAAGGAUCUUUCCCAGAGGAUCACUUCCAGUACGCAGGGGUCUUCUGGGGCCAAGUGAGUACUCUCGCCGCAGAUUGCAUCCUCAACUGGACAGACGCCAUUGUCUGCGUGGGCGUCGCCUUCACCGACUACAGUACAGUGGGUUGGACAGCAUUGCCCAUUAUUCCCCUCAUGAUCGCGGGGUUGGACCAUAUCUUCUUGCCUGGAGCCAUGUUUGGACGGGUUCACCUGAGAGACUUUCUGUCUGGGCUAGAAAGGACAGUCCAGAGAAAUGAAACGACGUUGACCGAGUAUAAUCGCAUUCGUCCAGAUCCCCCAAUGAUCGAGGCAUCUAACGAAAACGCCCCGCUCACUCGUAAAGAAAUGUCGCUACAGGUUCAAACCUUGCUUACCCCAGAGACAACACUAUUUGUGGACACGGGAGACUCGUGGUUCAACGGAAUCAAUAUGAGAUUGCCCCAUGGUACCAAGUUUGAGAUUGAAAUGCAAUGGGGUCAUAUCGGAUGGUCAAUACCGGCAUCGUUCGGCUAUGCUGUCGCAGAACCCCAACGUCAGGUGGUAGUGAUGGUCGGCGACGGUGCAUUCCAGAUGACAGCCCAAGAGGUCUCGCAGAUGAUUCGGUACAAGACCCCAGUGAUCAUCAUCUUGGUCAACAACCAGGGCUAUACAAUCGAGGUGGAAAUCCACAAUGGUAUCUAUAACCAGAUCAAAAACUGGGACUAUGCGCUGCUGGCCCAAGCCUUUAAUUCCACUGACGGUGGCGCUCGUGGCCUUCGUGUGUCAACAGGCAGUCAACUGGCUGAGGCCAUUGAAAAGGCGAAUGCCAAUCGCAGCGGACCAACCCUAAUUGAAUGUGUAAUUGAUCCAGAUGACUGUACUAGGGAGCUCAUUACAUGGGGCCAUUAUGUUGCGGCAGCGAACGCGCGGCCCCCGAUCCAGCUCUGA